AUGACUCCUCAGGGAAGUUCGAAUGAUGAAGUGUACUACAAGAAACAAGCCGGGUACCACGACAAGAGAGUUGCCACAAACAAAUCUCAUCUCAUCGAAGCUAUAAUACGACAUCGAAUACAGGACUCGAUUUUUUACAAACAGCACUUGUAUUUGACCAACGAGGCAACGAUUUUGAAGGUUAUAACCGAACAUGUCAAAUACAUAGGUGGUGUGGACUCAAGCGGCAGACCUUCGCCGUUUCUACAGUGCUUGUUUCGCAUGCUCGAGUUGGACCCUUCCAAGGAGAUUAUGGAGGUAUAUCUCCACCAAUUGAAAUUUCACGAAUUCAAAUACUUGCUAGCCAUGGCACUCAUGUACACAAGACUCACAGGUUCCAGUGAAGAAAUCUACAAGGUGUUGGACCAGUUCAACCAAGACUAUAGAAAACUAAAAUUCAAACUCAAGACGCCCGAGUUUGACGCGAACGGAUUGCCCGUUUUCUACAAGAUCAUCCACAUGGACGAGUUUAUCGAUGAUUUGUUGACCAAGGAGAGAAUCGUUGACUUGAUUGUGUCUAGAUUGACCCCUAGAACCAGUCUCGUCGAAAAGGGCUUAGUUGCUCCGCGCCAAUACUUUGUUGAAACUAAAGAGAUUGAAGACACCCUCGUGCCCGCUCAAACUAGUGCAACAGACAAUGAAAAUGGUGACAGCGCUGAUUCUGACUCCAUGGCCAGUGAUAGCGACUGA